GAAGAAGAAGAAGAAGAAGAAGACCGGUCCGGUUGUUCGCCCCCCGGUUCGAAGGCGGCGCCGCAGUCGACCCGGACCCGGCCACCGCCUCAGGGCCCCAAAAUGACAAAAAAGAGGAAAUAUCAAGAUGACUUUCAAAAAGUGAAGCUGAAAGUUGGCAAAAAGAAGCCGAAACUAGAAAAUGCCACAGACACGAACUUUAAAACGAAAGUGAUACAUCUUCCGGAGCAGCUCAAAGAAGAUGAAACCCUCCCAACAAACAAUAGAAAACUUAACAUCAAGGAUUUGCUGUCCCAGAUGCACCACCAUAAUGCUGGAGUGAAGCAGAGUGCCCUGGUUGGGCUCAAAGAUCUCUUGACCCAGUACCCGUUCAUAAUUGAUGCUCACCUUUCCAAUAUAUUAAGCGAGGUAACCGCUGUGUUUACUGACAAGGAUAGUAGCGUGAGAGCAGCAGCGGUCCGCCUCCUCCAGUUCCUGGCACCGAAAGUACGAACUGACCAAAUCACUCCGUUUUUCCCCCUCGUGAGCGCCCAUCUGUCCAGCGCGAUGACACACAUCACGGAAGGGAUUCAGGAGGAUUCUUUAAAAGUCUUGGACAUCCUCCUGGAAGAGUAUCCCGCCCUCCUUACCGGUCGCAGCAGCAUCUUGCUGAAGAAUUUUGUCGAACUCAUUUCUCACCAGCAGCUGUCCAAAGGAUUGAAAAAUGGAGACAAGUCUCCAUCCUGGAUAUUGUCCGUUAACCCGAACCGCCGGCUCACGUCUCAGCAGUGGCGACUUAAUGUAUUGGUGCGACUCAGUAAGUUCCUCCAGGCGCUCGCUGAUGGCCCCGGUAGGUCCGGAGACGGUGCGGGACUCCAGGAACAAAAGGAAAGCCUACCCCCUGCCAGGAACUCGAUACAGAUCACCUGGAAGGAUCACGCCCGGAGCCAGCAGGCCAUUCAGGUUUACGAAAAUGGAGGCUCCCAGCCAAACGUCAUCUCCCAGUUCCGUCUGAGGUCCCCAGUUGGGGGAGGAGGCAGUGUGGAUGAAAGCCUGUCAUCUCCCGAAAACUUGAAAGGAUUCAUCGUGGUCAUCAUUCCCUUACUGAUCGAGUCCUGGGUGGAAGCUACGCCGGCCCAGCUUGUUACUCCUAUUCUUGGCAAGUUUUUAGAACCAGAAUCCCAGCAGCUCAUGCAGCAAGUGCUCAGUAUUAUUUCCCUGCUCUGGAAGCUCUCCAAGCAGCAUGACGAAGCUCACAAAAUGGAGGCGUGGCUACGAAAGAAUUACCUAAAUGACUUCAAACAUCAUUUCAUGAGGCAUUUUCCUUAUUCUGUACAAGAAACAGCCAAGCACAAAAGGAAGGAGUUGAACAAAAGCAACAAACAUUGUAUUGCUUCCUCCAGCAACGUAGAUCAUCUCUUGUUGAAUUUAACCCUGUGUGACAUUAUGGUCUCCCUGGCAAGCACCUCCACCCUCCAGAUGGAUUCCGACUGGAUAGAAAUGAUUAGGAAAUUUGUGACGGAGACUCUCGAAGAUGGCUGCAAGCUGACGAGUAAGCAGCUGAACAGACUGCUUGGGGUGACCUGGAGGUUAAUGGAGAUCCAGUCCAACAGGGUGGUAACAGAGACCCUGACCAGGGCGGUCUACACACUGUAUCAGCAGAGGGGUCUCCUCCUUCCUGUCCGCACUCUGCUCCUGAAGUUUUUCAGCAGAGUUUAUCAAAAAGAAGAGUUAAGUCCUCACAGAGUCAGGAGCCGAAGUAAAGUGUUGUCUCGUUGGCUGGCUGGUUUACCAUUGCAGCUUGUUCAGCUUGGCUCUAGAAACCCAGAACUCUCCUCUCAGCUAAUUGAUAUUAUUCACGCCGCUGUUGCCCGCUCAAAUAAGGAUCUAUUAAAUAGUUUGCAAGCCACCGCUUUUCGGAUAUAUGAUCCCCAAGAAGGCACCGUGGUGCUUCUUCCAGCCGAAUCUCAGCAGCGCUUAGUGCAGCUUGUGUAUUUUUUGCCAUCUCUUCCUGCCAGCUUGCUUUCCUGUUUGAGUCGCUGUUGCAUCAUGGGGCGACUGAGUUCCAAUUUGGCCGCCUCACUGAUUGGGAUACUGUAUAUGAGGUCAUCUUUUGCGGGAUGGAAGUGUUCAGUCCAGGAAAGUUCGAUGAGUGAUGUGGACUAUCUCAGCUUCUUAUUUUCAACCCUUACAGGGUUCUCAGGAGAGGAGUUGACUUGGCUUCAGAGCAUCCGAGGGAAUCCUCACAUCAGCCAGACACCGCUUUCCCCUGUCCGUCUUUACCUGACUGACUUGGAUCAAUUUUUGCACCACUGGGCUGUGACAGAGGCCGUGUGUCACAGUCUGUCCACUAUUCCAUCCCGGAGUCAGUGCUUGGAUAUCCUGCAGAGUGCCAUCGCUAAGCAUCUGGCUGGCCUGGCUGUAAUUCCCGACAGCACUGCAGCAUCAAUUCUCUGUGUCGUGAGUAAGCUCCUGGACCAAGCUUGUGUUCUCAGUGAGACGAUACACAAGUUCCUCGCCUCCUGCUGCUACAGUCUCCUUCAUUUCUUGCUCACUUUAGAAAAAGAGGACGCGGAGCAUGUAAGGAAGAGGGAUAAGCUGUGGGGUUGCUGUCUGGUGGCACUGUCCGUCCUGCCCCGGGUCCUGCGCCUGAUGCUCCAGAGUCUCCAGGUGAGCAGAGCGGGCCCGGGAGAGCUGCCCGUCGUGGCCCAACUGCUCCGGCUGCUGCUGCAACACGCCCAGCUGAGGAGCCACAUGGUGGACAACGCGCUUCUGGUGCAGCAGAUCGCCAAAGACAUUACGGCCUUGAGGAGUGGGGACGUGCAGGAGCAGUGGCUGUCAGACCUGCAUUACUGCUUCAACAUCUACCUGGCUGGCCACCCCCAGGGGCCCGGGGCCCUUAGCACCGUCUAUUGAGGAGCCCGGUGAAGCUCUCUCUCUCUGUGGUUUGGAAAUGAAAGCGUCGGAACAAACAUUUAUCAUUAAAGCCGAACUACCCAGUGCU